AUGAAGUCGACUAGCUCCUCAGUCUGUGCUGCAGCGGCAUUGACACUUGCGCUCGCUGCUGUGUUGGCGCCGACAAUUGUUGAAGCCCAGGCUACCGCUGGUGUUCCUGCCUCCAUCAAUGUCGGUAAUGGACAAUCUGUUGCCACGUUCCCAGCAGGCUUGGGUGGCCUCUCGACCGGUUCUCCUAUCGUCUUUACUCCUGGCGCUGCCGUUCCUGGUACACAGUCUCCAUACUAUGUCGCAACAAACGCUGAGCAGUCGGCGACGCUUGCUUCGCUCCUCACUCACUAUUCGCAGGCGAUUUCGGCAGCUACUCCCACCACGGGCCCUCCCGCAGGCAUCAGCACCGGUGUUCCCGGUGGCUUUACCGGUUCUAAUACCGUCUCGAUCCUGGAUGGAAGUAUCUCGACCAUUCCUAACGCUGCAACCACGUAUACUCGCGCAAGAUCAUCGACAAGUGCCACGGCUGUGUCCAACUCAGGCGCACAGUUUGACAUGGUAGAUACCGCAAAAUUGCGUGCUAUCGCAGCUGUGGCGAUCACUGUCGUCGGUGCUGCCGCUUGGAUCCUUUAG